GGACAAGAUCCCCGCCAAAAAGUUGAUUCGAACUGGCAGAAAAAAGGUGCCGCGCUUCGGCCGCUAACUUCGGAGGUGUUGCACGGCUGCAGACAUUCGGCAAAACACAGCAAGUCCCAGCCUGCACAAUGGGACCAAAACUCGCAGAGAAGAAGCGCAAGUCGAGAGAAUCGGACUCGGAGUCCGACGACGAGCUCGCCAAUGGCCUGUCCGACGGGGUCCUGUCGCUGAGCGAAGACGAAGGAGACUACAGCCCGUCGGAUGAUGAUGACGAGAGCGGCAGCGAAGCCACGGAGGAGAGCGAGGGCGAGGACGAGAACGAGGUGGAGGAUAAAGACGACAUCCUCAGCGACGACGUCCCCUCGGAUGUGGACGGCAAGGCGGAGAUAGACAAACUCGUCGCCCAGCAGGGGGAGCUCGAAAUCACGGAACCGGGCGUCGACCCGAGGCGCAAAGAGGAGGAGGAGGGCGAGGGAGAGAAUUACCGGAUUGAAAAAGACGCCAAUGGGGGCAUUCGAUAUGUCUACGACGAGAUUGAUCCCGUCUACGACUCCGACGACACCGAUGCGCAGGUCCCCGUCAAUACGAUCGGCAACAUUCCGCUGAGCUUUUACGACAGCUACCCUCACAUCGGCUACGACAUCAAUGGCAAGAAGAUCAUGCGCCCGGCCACUGGCGAUGCGCUGCAAAGUCUCCUUGACAGUAUCGAGGUGCCCGAGGGGUGGACGGGCCUGACCGACAUCAACACGGGCAAUCCCCUUAACCUGAGCCAAGAAGAAUUGGAACUCGUCCGCCGGGUACAGAUGGGCCUUAUCCCGGAUGACCUUGAAGACCCGUACCCCGACACCGUCGAGUACUUCACAUCCAUCGAGGAGAAGAUGCCCCUCAGCAGCGCCCCUGAACCGAAACGGCGUUUCGUCCCUUCCAAGAAUGAGGCCAAGCAAAUCAUGAAAUUGGUGCGCGCGAUCCGCGAAGGGAGAAUCUUGCCGUAUAAGCCGCCCGAGGAGCGCGAGAGGGAGGAGGAAGAGAAGGAAGAGGUGCACUUCGAUCUCUGGCAGGACGAGGAGCCCCAACCACCCAAUCCGAUGCACAUUCCCGCUCCCAAGCUCCCACCCCCGGGGUACGACUUGAGCUAUAACCCGCCGGAGGAAUACCUCCCGACCAAGGAGGAGAAGGAGGAAUGGGAGAACGCUGACCCGGAGGACCGGGAAAAGGAUUACCUCCCGCAAAAGUACGAUGCAUUGAGGAAAGUGCCUGCGUGGGGUAACCUAGUCAAGGAGCGGUUCGAGCGGUGCAUGGACCUCUAUCUGGCGCCGCGGGUGCGAAAGAACAGGCUGAACAUCGAUCCCAACUCGCUCCUCCCAAAGCUGCCCUCGCCGUCUGAGCUCAAGCCGUUUCCUACCGUCGUCCAGACCAUUUUCCGCGGCCACGAAGGGAGGGUAAGGAGCGUUGCGAUCGACCCUACUGGUGUUGCGCUAGCGACCGGGGGUGACGACGGUACCGUACGCGUGUGGGAACUAUUGACGGGCCGCGAAGUCUGGUCUGCCAAGCUAAGUAGCGAUGAGUCCGUCAGCACGGUCCGCUGGAGGCCAACAAAAGACUCCUUCAUCCUCGCUGCGGCUGCGGGUGAGGACAUCUUCCUGAUGGUCCCGACACAUGCCAGCGUCACUCCGGCUCUCUACCAGGCCAGCAGGGACGUCUUGGCGGCGGGAUUUGGGUACGCCACCAACGGACAGCAGCAGGUAGCUCCGACCGGCAAGGAGCCGCCGGCGAAAUGGGCUCGCCCAGGCACGAAGCUGGAGGACGAGGGUGUGUUGCUCCGCAUCACCGUGAGGUCAACAGUAAGCGUCAUCAGCUGGCACAGGAGAGGGGACCAUUUCACCACCGUCUCCCCGGCAGGGCAGCGAAGCUCCGUCGCGAUUCACACCCUCUCUAAGCACCUGACGCAAAUACCCUUCCGAAAACAUUCGGGCAUCGCACAGACAGCCGCUUUCCACCCCCUCAGGCCCCAGCUCUUUGUGGCUACCCAGCGGACCAUCCGGUGCUACGACCUCCAGAAGCUGGAGCUGGUCAAGGUUCUCCAGCCUGGCGCCAAGUGGAUCUCAUCAUGUGAUAUCCACCCUGGCGGCGACAACCUGAUCGUGGGCAGCUACGACAAGCGGCUGCUCUGGCACGACCUGGACCUGUCGAGCAGGCCGCACAAGACCAUGAGGUUCCACGGCGCGGCCGUCCGGCAGGUGCGGUACCACAAGGGCGGGCUGCCGCUGUUCGCCGACGCCAGCGACGACGGCUCGCUGCAGAUCUUCCACGGCAAGGUCCCCAACGACCACCUGGAGCCGCCGACCAUCGUGCCGGUCAAGAUGCUCAAGGGCCACAGGGUCGUCAACAAGCUCGGCGUCCUGGAUGUGGAUUGGCACCCGCACCAUCCGUGGUGCGUCAGCGCCGGCGCGGACGGAACGGCUCGGCUGUGGAUGUAAAGGCUUGGCGGCUGUAUGAGGUGUAAUUGAGGGUUGGGAGAUGGGGUCGUGGAGGUAGGAAUCGGGAUUGGCGCUCGCAAUUCAUCAGGCAGCAGCGUUUUUGCAUCGAGGAGGUGCGAGUUAGUGUAUCUUGGCAAGGAAUGUAUCUUGGCAAGGAAUUCCCAUGGUGCACUAUUGCUUCCCCAGCCAAAAGGGGCUGUUGGCUGUCUACUAGUUUCUCCCGCCAAUACGAUGCCUAGGAUUGGAUAAUGGAG